GCGAGAACGCCAGCGUCACCGCAGCCGUCGCGACCGACGCAGACGCUGCAGACGGCCAACCGGGCUUCUCUGUGAACUGCAGUGCAGCGCAGCCGCUGCGUGUCCGCCAGCGCUGCGCGGCGAGGCCACUCUGCCAGCGGUCCGCUGCGUCCGAGAUACGCUAGGCCGGCGAUUCACUGCGAUACCCUGCCCCGUGUGUGUAUGCGGCGAGGACGCUGCCAUCGCCCGCACCAUGGACCGCAGAGACGCGGCCGAGCACACCGCGCCGUGGCUGCAGAUCCCCUCUCGCGCCGUCUCUGUCGUCGAGCACCCGUGCCUCGUCAACAACGUUGACAAGGGCAUCGUCUCGCUAGGCGGGCCUGUCAAGCUUAGCAAGGCCUUGAGGUCCAAGCUAGAGCCGCAGCCCACCGCGCAGGGGCAAGAUGCCCUUCCAAACGUCAUAUCCGUCUCGUUGCGCCCAGACGAUCCGCUUGCCAAGCGCUUGCUCUCAACGCCUGUCGCAACCAGCAAUCUGCUGCUGAGAGUGACAGUGCCCAAACGCACCGGUCGCAAGCGCAAGCGUGGCUCCUCAGGUCCAUUCCUUGCCGACGCAGACGUGGGCGCGGCGAAGGACAAGUUGCCAAUUCCUCAACACCAAAAAUCGCAUGCAGACGCUGCAACCAUCUUCCGCAGCUUGCAAGACAACGCGUCCAAAUAUGAUGUCUCCGUGGCCGGUGUGAUCGACGAGACACAUCGUUUCCGGAAUCUCCCGGACCUUCAAUAUGCGGCUUCCACAAACAGCAUCAUGCUCAAGAUCCGAGACAACGUGCUCCCACUAAGCUUUACAAAACUAAAGAAUUUCGAUUUGAGCACGGCUGCCGGACCCGACUUGACCAAGGAUGUUGGGCCCUCUGCAGAAUUUCUGCAGGUCCAAGUGGCACACAACUACCGCUUCCAACAGAACCACUACGUCAAGUACAAAGACGACAACGGCGCCGUCGCCGAGGUGAACCUCCACAAGAGCCUGGCAUGGUCCGGUUACUCCAUCAUCAAGCCCAACGCAGAGAAUGUCCCCACAGCCCCGAAGUCGAACCUACCUGCGGAGUCAGAUCUAACGCCCUACGUGCAGGAGCUCAUCCGUAGCAUCCGUGGGGAGCUCGAGAAGCGGCCCAUCAUCACCCGCCAUCUGCUUUACAACACACUUGGCUGGGACAAGCGCGAUCGAUUGCGUCAAGCUGCGGUAUAUUGCGGAUACUUUUUCGAGACUGGACCGUGGCGAGAGGCACUCAUCGUGUGGGGUGUUGAUCCGCGCAAAGACCCAAAGUACAGAUUCUACCAGACUGUGUCUUUCUUGUCUUACAAGAAGACGGGUACCGCUCGACAUUUCUCACGCUUUGACAAACACGUGCGAGAUCUAGCCCAAUGGAGCGCACAGGACCUACGGCAACAACACAUAUUCGACGGUGUGCACGUCUCGCGGACAGGAAAUCUCUUCCAGUUCUGCGACGUGACUGAUCCGCUGAUUCAGCGCAUAUUGUACACCAAGGACAUCCGCACGGCUCCCGCGCCAACGGCACAAGGCUGGUUCCACAUUGGGACGUGGGCCAAAGCAACGGUUGUUCUCAAACACAAGAUGAAUACCAUUUUGGGUGGCGACACGCCCGACAAUUCCAUAUACGAGCGUAUUCUCGCAUGGCCUGAGCUGUGGGACGACCAAACGUUCUUUGCGCAGUAUACGAAAGAGUUCCACGACAGAGAGGCGAUCCGGGGGAGGGGCGUUGAGCACACGGUCAUGAGAAAUGUGCGCUAUGCGGCGAGGAAUCCGCGAUAUGCAUUUGAGAGGUUGGAGGCGCAGCAGAGCCAGCCGCCGGGCGCAGAAGAUCAAUCCGAGGACAUGGAGGAAGUUGAGAUUGAAGAAGAUAUGACGGAGGUCCCAGAACGGGCCGAGGAUAUACUCAAUGAGGGCGAAAAUGAGUAUGACGAUAGCGAUGACGAAGUGGAAAGGAUGGUCGACGAAGAAGAUGAUGAAGACGAUGAGGAUGAUGAGCUCGAAGAGGGGAUAGAUGGGGUGUUGGAAGAAACCAUGGAUGAGGAUGCCGAUGGAGAGUGGGAGAUUGAUGAUGUGCCAGCCACCUUUGGCUUUGGUGGUCUCUAUGACACGUAGCCUCCAGUGUGCACUUCGAGAUGACAGAUCGAUUCUGGUACAAGACUCCGUGACACUGUAGUACGGGCACACUAUGGCCUGGCAUUAAGCAGGAUGCUUGCCCUAGCCGCUGCAUACAAUUUCCAU